CCAUCACCAACACCAACUAUCCCAAUGCUAAGCCCAAGCCGCCCAUUUUUCUUAGUGCCCAAGUUCAUAUCUCCUAUAAAUUUGGGGCGAAUCCCACUAACUGACCAACAGCUUGAGUUGAGAGCUUUUCUUGUACAGUAAAUCCCUUUCCCCACAAGUUCCUUUGUAGUCAUUUUCAAUCACUAAAAAUGGAGUCAGUAUUUCAUAGGGCCGUAGACAACAAUCCUAUGUCCAUUUCAGAAAAAUUCAUUGUCCCAGAGGAGCACCAGGCUAAUCUCUCACAAGUUUCAACUCAGGCCUCAAUCCCCAUCAUUGAUCUCAGUAUUACUGACCAUAAUUUAUUAGUUCAUAAGAUAACACAAGCUUGUGAAGAAUAUGGCUUUUUCCAAAUCACCAACCAUGGAGUCCCAAAAGAUUUGUGCAAGAAAACCAUGACUGCUGUUGCUGAUUUCUACAGUUUACCUUCUCAAGAAAGGUCUCAGUUUACAGAUACCACCAAGCCAGUUAAAAUCAUUGGAUACUUGCUCAACUCCAAGGACCAAGAGUCUCCUAACAUAGCAUUGUGGAGUGAAUCCUUAAACCAUCCUUGGGAUCCUGCUGGAGAUUUUGCCUCUUUAUUACCCCAAAAUCCUCCUCAAUAUAGAGAGACUUUUGCUGAAUAUGCAAAGGAGGUGAAUGAGCUAAUGAAGAGACUUUUUGGGUUGAUAUCAGAAGGGCUGGGACUAGAGAAGGAUUACUUGGUAAAUAAGUUAGGUGAGAAUCCAUGGCUGACAGCACUAGCCAACUUUUUCCCACCAUGUCCAAACCCUGAACUCACUCUUGGGAUGUCUACUCAUACUGAUCUCAGUGCCCUCACUGUGUUGAUGCAAUCAGAGGAAAUCAGUUGUCUUCAGGUCCUCAAAGAUGACAAAUGGAUUGCCGUUCAUCCACUCCCAAAUGCAUUUGUCAUCAAUCUUGGUGAUCAACUAGAGGUAAUGAGUAAUGGAAGAUUGAAGAGUGUGCACCACAGAGUUGUGAACAACAAAAUGCAGCAGAGGAUAUCAGUAGCAUUUUUCUAUGGACCAAACAUGGAGACUGUGAUUGGUCCAAUUGAAGAGUUGACCAAUGAAGAACACCCUCCUCUCUAUAGGACUUAUACUUGUACUGAGUUCAUGGAAGAAUAUAAAAGGCAAGCAGGUAAAAGGCCAAUGGUAAAAGAAGCUUUCCAGCUAAGAUCAAAAUAACAAAGAUAUUUAGUUUAAUAGCAGUUCAUAAACUUGUGAGCACCAACUCAUGUUUCUUGAAAAGAGAGGGUGCAAUGUGUAAUAAAAGGCAAAGUUUUCUUUAGCCACCCAUGUUUUGUAAACAAUAAACAUCAUUCUAAUCAGAGAUUUUUUUGGGUGUU